AUGGAUUUGGGCAGGUGGCUUUGGGGCUCGGAUGAAGAUGACAUAAGUGACAUUGAUUGUACUCCCCAGGAGAGAGAGGACGACUUGGCCAGCAGGAUUCGGCAACUCGAAAAAGACGCUCAUUUAUCCUUUCUCGGCGGCGGAUGCUUCGCCGGCAACAGCAGACUUGCCGGCAACAGCAGACUUGCCGAGGACAAAAGACUUGCCGAGGACAGCAAAAGACUUGCCGAGGACAGCAAAAGACUUGCCGAGGACAGCAAAAGACUUGCAGAUAGCGUCAAACUCCCUGUCGGCAUCAAAUUCCCUGUCGGCAUCAAAUUCCCGGUCGGUAUCAAAUUCCCCGUCGGUAGCGGGUUCGGAUGA